AUGGACAGCUCGUCACUCGGCCUUGCCUGGGGGCGUCUGUCCCAUCGUCGGACGCGCUCCAGCGAUCCCAGCAACAACAAGAACAACACGCCACCCAUCCAAUUCACAAGCGACGGCACCAAGUAUACACUGGCAUCAGAAACACCAACACCAACGCCAGCGUCUGCCACACCGCAGCACGGCCGCUCCAAAUCAUGGAACACCUCAAAGGAAAAGAGUCAAGCCACCACGAGAUUGUCCAUGUUUUUCCACUCUACCGACUAUUCAAAUUACAGAGCUUUCCUGAGCCCGCCGAACCCAUUGGAUCUACAUCGCACCACCUCGAGCUCAAGGGGAAGCCACAGGACUAGCAAGAGCACUUCGUCCAUUUCUACCAAAAACACCUCAUUGAGCGGCUCAAGCAGUUCCAUAGAGUUGCCCAAGAGACUCUCUGCGCCCCCUCCCCAGCGGCCGCCACGACCUCCGCGCGGGCUCUUUGACGAUGAGUCGGACGGGGAGCUGCCGCCCGUCGCAGAAGAUCAACAACCCAUGGACCACCACGCAGCCGACGACAACAUUCAGGGCCUGAUCCGGCAGUCAGAUCGAGCCUUUGCAGAUGUCGGCAUAGCACUGGCCAAUGUCACCUACAACACCCAUGUCGCACAAGCCAAGCCAACAAGCAUGCUUGUUCUGAGUCGCGGCAGCUUGGUGCGACGCCGACGGCAGCAGGGACUCCCUCCUCUUCCCGUCUCGGCGCGAAGAAGCUCCAUGCAGAGCAACAGGUCUACGACCCGAAGAGGCUCCUUUCAGUCAUCACACAGCACCUCGACCAAGGGCCACAACAGCGUGCGUCCGCCUACGACAAAGAAGAUGGGCAAGCGCAGCGUCUUGCUGCCGCGCAAGCUGCGGCUGACGCUGUCGCAAAGCGUCAGCGACCUGCUGCCGAGCCGCGCAUCCAAGCGUGUGUCGGCCACCAGCAGCCUCUCGUCCGUCUACUCGGACUACCUGGGCGGCGGCGGCGACGACGACGACCAACCCUCGCACAGGCGCAACAGUUCCAUCACAGCCGCCAAACGACAGUCGGCUCUGCCGGCAAAGCGGCACUCUGGCGAGUCGUCCAAAUUCUCCUUGUGCGCGACGCAUGGCAGGAAUCUGACGGCCUCGCAAAUGUACCACCGGGAGAUGCUUCCCCAUUCGGUCAUGGCCUGGAUGGGCACGGACUCUUGCAUCUCUACGGAGCCAGAUGGCGACGACGAGGACGAGGACGAGGACGAGGACGGCGACGAGACUGACGCUGAAGAAGAGCUGAGCCACGAUUUGGGACUGGCAACUACUACGGAAGCUGAGCCGACCCAGCUGAGCGCCCAUAAUAAUAAUAGCGUGGAUUCGGCAGAAAAUGCAGCUGAGGCGCGGCGGCCGCUCACCAUGGAAGAAGGCUCUCCGCCACCCCCUCCUCCACCCAAAAACCCUGCCAGGUUUGGGGCCCGCGCGCGCACGUCCCAGCUGGCCCCCAUUCCGGAAAUGCUCGUCGCGUCCACCGAAGGUGAGCGCCGACGACGCAGGAACAGUCUAAUGAUGAACAAAACGACAACGACGUCAUCGAGGUCGAAACGCGCCGGCGGCGCCAAACACGAGGCCGCCGCCGCCCGCGACUCGCUGUACCUCAUCGGCACCGCCUACUCCAGGGCGAGCCCUCUGUUCCGCCACGGGCAUAUUGAGUUUCAGCACAAGAGCCUCAGGGCAAAGGAAAACGGCGACGACGACGACGACGACGACGACGACGGCGAGGAGCCAGACGCCGCCAAUCAGCACGAGGUGGACUGGCUCAAGUACCACUGUUCGACGCUGUGCGGCACCGACGACCUCGUCUCGGGCAUGGCGCAGGACGAGGCCAACGCCAUGGCGGACGAGCUGGGCGACUGGUUCGACGAGUUUGGCUUCGAGUCGCACGGCGCCCUCGUCAGGUCUGGCCGUCCCCGCAAGGCCAGCCCGUCGUCCGAGUCGUCGCGCAGCAGCGCCUCGAGCGCCUCCACCAUGUCGGACGCGGACCUGCCCAUGCCGGCCAGUCCGGACCGGUCCUCCUCCUCUUGCUCGUUUGUGAGGAUGCAGAGCUGGUCCUUUGGCCAGGCCGAGCGCAACGCCUCGGCCUCGGCCGCGGCCCGCGACGAGCACGCUUCGGAUCCCAUUCCCGUCAUGAUGGAGAUGGACAUGGGCAUGGGCAUGGAGCUUGGUUUUGAUACCUAUGGCCUCCCAUCGUCAAUAGAAAGGGAAGAGCACUUGGAAAAGAAGCAAGAUACGAGUUUCGCGGCGAGCGGCGGCCCGAGAAUGAGCUGUAACUUGAGCCAGGAUCUGGGCCAGUUUCUUGCCAGGAACCCGACACUCUUUGACGACAUCAACGAGGAAGACGAAUGA